CAGAACAUAUAGUUCCCCUGUAGAAGGGGGGCUCUUGGAAUUAGUAUAUAUAUGUAGGUAGAAAGGCAAUGCCAUGAAAACCAAUAGGUGAGAAAGAGAGUAGUAGCAGUAGUAGUAGUAGUAAUCAAGCAUUGAGGGAAAAUAUGUUGAGAGGAAAGCUGUUAAUUAUUUCUGUUGUUUUAAUUCUGCUUCUGGUAGUAAGUCAUGAAGCUCAAGCCAUGCAAUACGAAGCUCUCACUCAAACUACAGUUGAUCUAGACCCCAGUGAUGUGGAUGCUAUCAAUAGGGUUGCUCAUGCUUUGAGGUUGACUUGGGAAAGCGACGAGAGUGAAUUCUCAAGUAAGGGUUGUAAUUCCUCAUCGAAGGUGCUCUGCGAUUGCAGUUUCAACGAUCAUACACUUUGUCGGGUGACGAGAAUUGAUCUUUCUGACAUGCAUCUAAGGGGUGAAAUUCCUCCGGCUAUAGGAAAUUUGACCUGCCUGAUCUCGCUCGACUUGGGUUCAAACAGGAUCCAUGGAAACAUUCCUGACUCAUUAAGAAAUCUGAAUCAACUUCAAUACCUCGAUCUUUCAUCCAAUGAUCUGGAAGGGCCUAUACCUGAUUUCUUUGGCGAAAUGAACUCAUUAAAUGUUCUUAUUCUAGCAGAAAACUGGCUAAAGGGUUCAAUACCACAAAAUCUGGGCAAUUCAUCAUCUAUUAAAACUCUGGACUUAGCAGAGAACCUACUUUCUGAAAGAAUUCCUGAGAGUUUAGGAAACAUUUCGAACCUUGAGUUCCUGCGUUUAUCUGACAACCAGUUAACUGGGUUACUUCCUAAAUCUCUUGGAAACCUACAGAAUGUCUAUCGCAUGGUGCUGGCAAACAAUAAAUUUCAAGGACAGUUGCCUCCAUGUCUGGCAAAUCUUACGAACUUAAGGCACUUCAAUGUUAGGGGGAAUGAAUUCAUUGGUCCAAUCCCAAGAUAUAUUGGAAACUGGAAUCAGUUAGAAAUACUGAUACUUCAAGGGAACCAUUUUGAAGGGCCUCUUCCUGAUACAAUAUCCUCCCUGAAGAAUGUCACCGAGAUGCGCAUUGCUGACUUGUAUGGAAGAAAUGGAGAAGUUUUUCCAUUUCCAGAUAUUUCAAGAAUGAUACAUCUUGAAACUUUGGUCCUGAGAAACUGUUCAAUCAAUGAUUCAAUCCCACGAUAUAUUGGUGGUUUCCAAGCCCUGAGCCAUCUGGACUUGAGCUACAACAAAUUGACUGGUGAAGUCCCAGAUUUCCCCGAGUAUGGAAACCUAACAAAUAUAUUUCUUCGAGCAAAUAAACUAACAGGGCCGAUUCCAACAUGGUUUUCCAACAAAACAGAAGCAAACCUGGAUUUCUCAGAGAACAAUUUCACAUAUUCAUCUAUAGUAAAUUACAGAUCCAACAGGAAUAUGAAUUCAUUUGCAUGCUGCUCUCCGUCAGUAGAGUUGGAUAAUGCAUGGCAAAGGAAUAAUUUCUCCUGUGAUGAAGACAAAUUGGAAAAUGAUCGGUUGUAUAUCAAUUGUGGAGGUGAGAAGGUAACAGCAGGCAGAGGUACAUUUGAACGCGAUACGCAACCGGAAGGAGCUUCAACAUUCUAUAUCAGUGAUGACAGGAAAUGGGGUUACAGUAGCAUGGGAAUAUAUGACCCAACGCAAAGCAAGUCCAUGAGUUACACACACUCUAUUGAAUCCCAUGAUGAGUGUGGAUUUGAAAACAAAGACGCAUCAUUAUACAAGACAGCUCGUGUUGCUCCAGUAUCUCUGAAGUAUUUUGGAUUCUGCAUGAAAAAUGGCUUGUAUAUAGUAAAACUUGAUUUUGCUGAGAUCACAUUUAAAGAGGAAGCUGAACAUAAGAGCAGAGGAAAUCGCCUUUUUGAUGUCUUCAUUCAGGGUAGAAAGGUCUUAGCUGAUUUUAAUAUCAAAGAUAUUGCUGGAGGUCUAAAUAAGAACGCUUCUCAGGCGUUUCAAGCAGAAGUCAGGGAAAACAGCCUUGAAAUUCACCUAUAUUGGGCCGGGAAAGGCUCAAAACGUGGCCCCUUUGAGCUUUAUGGUCCUCUUGUUUCCGCUAUUUCAGUAGAGCCUGUUGUAAAACCUGUAAAGCCUCCCAAAAAACUUUCUCCUUUAAGUAUUGCUGGGAUUUCAGGAUCCAUUGUUCUAUUCUUGGUUCUGAUUUUUGUUUGCCUCUGGAAAAUGGGUUAUCUUCGUGGCAAGGAAUCAAAAAUUGAAGCACAAAAAGAACUUAUUUCAUUGCCUGGUGGAGGACUUUUCACUUAUCGGCAACUAAAAGUUGCCACGCAAAAUUUUAACAAAGAAAACAAGAUAGGUGAAGGAGGCUUCGGAGCUGUCUUCAAGGGGGUGCUUCCCAAUGGGACAGUAAUAGCUGUAAAACAGCUCUCUGCAAAAUCAAAACAAGGGAGUCGUGAAUUUGUCAAUGAAGUGGGCGUUAUAUCAGCUUUGCAACACCUAAAUCUAGUAAAACUACUAGGGUGCUGUAUAGAUGAAAACCAACUACUUCUAGUUUAUGAGUACAUGGAAAAUAAUUCCCUUGCACAUGCAUUAUUUGGUCCUGAAGAACUGAGGGUGCAACUUAAUUGGGCAAUCAGGUCUAAAAUUUGCCGUGGGAUAGCUAAAGGAUUGGCAUUUCUCCAUGAAGAAUCCAAACUAAAAAUUAUUCACAGGGAUAUCAAGACAACAAACAUUCUUCUUGAUAAGGAUUUUACAGCAAAAAUAUCUGAUUUUGGAUUUGCCAAGCUUCAUGAAGGGGAGAAGACCCAUGUCAUUACUAAGAUAGCUGGAACCACUGGAUACAUGGCUCCUGAGUAUGCCAUGCGAGGCCAUCUGACCAGUAAAGCAGAUGUUUACAGCUUUGGAGUAGUCUUGCUUGAAAUUGUCAGCGGACAGAAUAGUGCCAGUUACAGGCCAAAUGAUGAGAGUGUUUACCUUCUAGAUUUGGCUUAUGUCUUGCAAGAGAAGGGAGACCUUUUAGCUCUGGUUGAUCCAAUUCUGGGUUCUGAGUACUCAGCAAAAGAAGCGAAAACGAUUCUGGAAUUAGCAAUGCUAUGCACUAACCCAUCUCCUACACUUAGGCCAAGUAUGUCUGAGGUGGUAAAAAUUUUGAAGGGAAAGAGUCGACUUAAUUAUACUCCAUCUCUUGCCCCCUAUUCAGCUGAUGGUUUUGCACGGGCCAAGGCCAUGGCUAGCCGUUCAUUUUCCAAUUAUUCCAGGAGCAUGUCCAGGGAAGAGCCAUCUAACCCUGCAAGUUGCGAAUUUAGCAUUAAGGAGGAAGAAGUGCAUAUCUCUGCCGAUUACACCCCAGAGAUCACUGAUGAAACUGGAAGAUCACCACUUAAUAACGUCUGAAUCGGUGUGGAAGUAACUUGCAUAUGUUAUUUCAAUUCAGACAUUUGCAUCUGUUAUAAAUAGGUUUAUCUUACCUUAGUGGCUACUGUUUUCGAUGUAGCAUAACCUAAAUAAGCAUGGUUUUGUGUCUGAAAAAAAUCACUCUCAGGAUUGAUAAUAACUUGACGGAUUUUGUAGCCUAAUGUAUGUCAUAAUCAUUCCCAAGUUAAUAAAUUUUCUUAC